AUGGUAUGUGCAAGAUGUCCAAUGUCAUUGUUAUAUUGCUAUUCUGCUGGGGAUGUUGGAAUGAGUGCACAACGAGUUUCUCAUUUGGGAGCCGAUGUAUCGUUUUCGUUUGCUUGCGGCAAAUCUCAAAUACCGUCUAAGUUGAGUUUUCAAGAACAAACCUUUGCAACGCGAAAUGUUCUACGUUUACUUGCACUCUUUCAGAUCGCUUGCGUGAACGCCAGUUUGCUCAACUGGGAAAAAGUGAGAAAGCUCAAAAAGACACUUUCUAAACUGGAGGCGCACCUAGAUGUGGAUCGUUUAAUGGCAAUUCGUAAUAGGCUUGCAAGUCAUCUUAAGGUGCCAAAGCUUAACCCUCAACAGCAAACUCUAUUGGAUCAGAAACUCAAGUCGAUAAGACCGGCUAAGGUGGCCAAAAGUGACACGAUUACAGAAGUAAACGAGGAAAGCGGAUUGUCGGAGAUUCUUUAUCAAGGAGAUAUAGUUUUGACUGAAGAGCAAGCCGAAGAGUUGAUACAAGAACAGAGUGAAGAGCGAGAACGAAGACAAGCAUAUGUUCCGAAAAGCUAUAAAUGGCCUAAUAAUCGCUUAUACUUCUCCUUUUAUCCUAACACAAGUGCUGCAACAAAGGCUAUUGCUCGAAAAGGUGCAAAAUUUUGGCACGACAACACAUGUAUUGACAUGAUUGAAAAAAGCAGCGCUAGUGCACGAGUAGCAAUCUAUGAAGGUACGGGAUGCAGCUCUAACCUCGGACACUUGAAUCGAUUGCAAAAUCUUUCUCUAAACAAUCCCGGAUGUACAAUGUACUGGAAAGCUUCGCACGAGCUUGCUCACGCAUUGGGUUUGCAUCAUGUUCAAACGAGAUACGACCGCGACAAUUAUCUCAAGGUUGAUGUGAAAAACAUCCCUGAAGACAAAUUGCAUAACUUUGCUAAGACAGAAAAAAGCGAAUUUAGUACUUAUAACAUCCCUUAUGACUUUGGUAGCAGAAUGCACUACGGAGCAUACGAUUUUGCUAAAGACUCGUCCAUGCCAUCGAUGAUUCCUAACGAUAAAAAUUACCUCCACUCAAUGGGUUCACCUUUUAUGUCUUUUUAUGACAUUCUUCUUAUGAACACACACUACGGAUGCCUUGAGAAGUGCAAGUCUGAUAGCUCCGCUGCAAAAUGCAGGAACGGUGGCUACCCAAAUCCUCGAGAUUGCUUCAAAUGCAUCUGUCCACGUGGAUACGGUGGUGUUUUAUGCAAUGCAAGACCACAAGCGGCGACUUGCGGUAAUAUAGUUAAGGCUGUGCCUGAAACAAACAUAAUUAACCAAUCUUUGGGAGACAAUAAAAAUUAUGCAACACUAGAUGACUUUAAGCAAUGCGUCUACUGGAUCCAGACUCCGGUAAAUAAGAGAACCAAAUUAACAAUCAAAAGCCUCACAGUCGGGUAUGUUAAUGUUGCUUGCACUUACGGAGGAAUUGAAAUCAAAUCACAAGAAAAUCAGAACAUGAGUGGCUACAGAUUCUGUGACUCCAGUGAAAACAAAGGAAAGGUUAUCUACUCGUCCAACAGCAUCAUUCCCGUCAUACUCUACACCCGCUAUAGAGCAACCAAACUCGAGUUGGAGUAUCGCACAGCGUGAGAGUGGACCUAGAAAGACUUUCGUCGUACUGUAAAACCCGAUCCGCUUCUGCAAUAAACGUUUCAAAGCAUUUCAAAA